AUGAUGCUGGAUCAGUCGAUUAACAGUAAGACCGUCAAAGAAGAAACCCAAUUGCCCCUGGAACAGGAGACUCCUAAGAAGGUCAUCCCGCCCAAUUUCAAACAGAUUGGAACGAAUUUCUACUACGUCGAGAAGAGCCAAACUGUAAAUUGGUACGCUGCACAAAACACCUGCCUUCAAAUGGGCGGCCACCUCGCGAGCAUAAAUACAAAAGAAGAACUCAAUGCCCUCGCUGACAAUAUAAGGGGUUACUGGGUUGAUAUUAACAGUCUGGCCAAAGAGAAGGAAUACAUAUCUUCAACUACCGGCGCUCGGUCAGCCUUUUUGGAGUGGCAAUCGGGAUAUCCCCAGUACGAAACAGAUUAUCGCUGCAUAUUCAUAUCCGCGAAUAAGAUCAGAAAUGAUCUCAGCUCCUAG